AUGUCUCACUCUUUUAUUUAUUUUAUAACUCCCCAAGUCACCUUCAACGAUCAUUACAACCGGCAGAUCGUCAAGCGCUGUCUCGUCUUAAUUUGGCUCUUGGAUCAGUCAAAGGCGAAGCGGAUUGUUCGUUACAACCCCUGUCUCUUCAAAUCGAAGUCACCUAUAAAGAGCUCUGCUGAGAUCUUGUUGAAGUUCGCCAACCUAUGUCUCCAGGGUGAGGUGAACCUAGUGCGUGGUCUGUCAGCCAUCGGCGCGACCGUCUGCGUUUCACAAACUGCCCUUGAUGAGUAUGAUUUCACCGUAAAAAACCUUGCUGUCGAUUUGCGCGAUGGUCUACGUCUCGUGAAAUUAGCUGACUUGCUUCUCGAAGGAAAAGUGUCGACGGAGCAUGGUGGACUAAACGACUCUGGGUCAGUUUUAUCACAUGCUGGGAACUUGAUGAGUCUUGUCCGCUUCCCACCUAUUAGCCGCCUGCAGAAGAUUCAUAACGUCGGUCUUGCGAUUUCCGCCUUUGAAGCUGCCAGCGAAGGGAAGAAUCUCUUCACCGCUGCAGGUAAACCAAUAAGUGAGCGGGACAUUGUCGAUGGACACCGCUCAAAAACCCUCUCCCUCCUCUGGUGCAUUCUUCUGCGCUUCCAAGUCACUGCCCUCCUCGAUUUGCCUUCCUUGCGCUCGGAGAUCUAUCGUCUGGUUCGCAAGAGGGAUGAUGUUCAACUCACGCACGCAGUAGACGCUGUCUACAAGGCGGUCGGGAUGCCGGAGUCAGAACUUAACCAACGCCUCCUCUUUCUUUGGACAACGGCUGUCAUGCUGAGCUACGGCGUACAGGUGCGCCCCACAACUUUUGCUUUUGUCCGCACGCCAACCACACUGACGCCUGACCUGCAUCCGGACGUGCCGGCUGCGAUGCGCACACGGAACAAUCUCUACAAUCUACGCCUCUUCCACCGCAAGAUUGCGCAUUUAGGCGAUGUGCCCACCCUACUGAACGUCGGACCGGGCCUUUUUGCCGACACAGCCUACACAGCCUGUUUGACCUCUACGAAUCGUUCGGCGACAAGAGAAGCCAGUGUUGUUGCAGAAGACGUCCCCUCCACCCUUGGUAAGCGCUUCACACUUGAAAUCUACUCCGUAAAGUGCAUGUUUACGCUCCGCUUUUCGAAGGAGGGGGAUCCCCUAGGUAGUUUUCAAGGCGGGGUGGUGUGCAGUCCUUGGAACCCAUUAUUAAAGACAGCACCAACAUACAUAAUCACAUGCGUACCAAAACUCGUAAUUUUCGCACUCGUCUCCGAUUGUCAAGACAAGUCAGUCAAGUUUAUUAAUAGAAAUGUAGGCAAACUCCUUUGA